GUCCUUUUUUAUUUGCCUAAAGUCAGUCCAAUUAUUCAGUUGUCCACAUUCAAUAACUUCUGCAGAUCGACAUGCACAUAACCAACCUUCUACAAAUCAUGAGUCAGAUUUAAUAAGGGAUUUGUAAGCACUAACCAGCAACCCGAUCUGCCAGUCAAUUGAAAGUUAGAACGAUGAAGCAAACAAACCUUGAAACAGAAAGUGGCAGCACAAAAAGAAAACCAUCGAUCCCCCCACCGCCACCACCACCACCAUUUCCAAGAUUCUGGGUUCGAAAAACUGCUCCCGAAAGCGUGACUAAUCAAGAGAUUGCCAAGUUUUGGAGGCAGAAGCACCUUAAGGAAGAGGAUCACCUCCUUGCUGCUAUCAAGGCAGCAGCACGUCUCAGAGCUCGCAAUCUCACGGAAGAGGACUAUAAGCAAUUUGAAGAGUCCUUGAAGGAUGAAAAUGGCUGCAAGGAUGGCAUCCUCGUAAGUGCAAAAGAUGAAAACAAGAAGGAAGUGCGCGUUGGUAUAAAAGAUUGGUGGACCAAGAGCAAGUAUGCUUAUUUGAACCAACCAGCCAUUGAGUCAAUGGAUCCAGCAAAAAGAAGAAGUUCCAACUAUGUUCCAAAUUGUUUCUCAUUUAAGCCCACUCCUCUUUAUCCUACCUCUCUUGGGGUCUUUUAAAAAAAAAAAAAAAAAAAGACUUCCUUUAUAGUGCGCAUGUAAUCAUACAAUUAAGGUGAUUAAUGAAAUAUGUAUUAUGCUACAUUAUUCCUCUUAAUAAAGUACGAUGCUUAAUCUGCUUCUUUUAA